GAUGGACCUUUGUAGUAUUUUAAUUCUAGAUUGUUUUUAAAUUAAUUUCAUUAUAUAAGUACACUAAAAUGCCUGAUAAUUCUAUAAUAUUAAAGAGAAAAUUAUAAAUGUAUAAAUAAUAAAGUGUUAUCUGUACCUGAAUCAACCGCAGCAAAAUGGAUAAUGUACUGGAGAAGCUAUUUCAAUGUUUUGGUCAUAAGAAAUUUAAAAGUGAACUUCAAGAGAGAGCUGUUCGAGCAAUAACAAGAGGGGUACAUGAUGUAUAUGUGUCAAUGCCAACGGGUUCUGGAAAGUCAUUAUGUUUCCAACUACCAGCAAUGCUGCAAGACAAUAAAGUUGCCAUUGUUUUUUCACCAUUACUUGCCCUAAUCAAAGAUCAGAUUGAUCAUUUGGCAAAAUUGAAAAUCCCUGCAGAGUCUAUCAAUUCAAAAAUAACAAGUAAAGAAAGAGAGAGAAUUCUGAAUGACCUACAUAGUAUGAAGCCAACUACAAGAUUCUUGUAUAUUACUCCAGAACAGGCAGCUACAGGAACAUUUAAAUCUCUUCUUGACCACCUUGUUAAAUAUAAGAAGGUGUCUUAUAUUGUUGUUGAUGAGGCCCACUGUGUGAGUGAGUGGGGUCAUGAUUUCAGGCCUGAUUAUCUGAAACUGGGAAACCUAAGAGAACAGUAUAAAAGUAUACCGUGGGUGGCACUCACUGCUACAGCAAGUACAGAAGUCACAAAGGAUAUUCUGGAAAAUCUUAAACUGUUACAUCCUGUUGCUCAGUUCAAAACACCAAGUUUUAGAAGAAAUUUAUUUUAUGAUGUUGUUUACCAAAACUGUAUUGAAGAUGAAGUAGGAGAUCUUGCAGAAUUUUUAAGAAAAUGUUUGAAAGAUGAUGAUAAUAUUAAACCUAAAGAUAAAAGUUCAGCCAUAGUUUAUUGCCGUACUCGGGAUCAAACAGAAGAUAUAGCUAAAAUGUUGACUAGCAGGGGAUUGAAAUCUAUGGCAUAUCAUGGUGGAUUGAAAGGAUCAGAGAGAGUGUUGGUGCAAGAGCAAUGGUUCAACGGAGAGUUCCCCUGUGUCUGUGCCACCGUGUCGUUUGGUAUGGGAGUAGACAAGGCCACAGUUAGAGCCGUCGUGCACUGGGGCUUGCCGCAGAAUGUUGCUGCGUACUAUCAAGAAUCUGGCAGAGCAGGGCGUGAUGGAAAGCCCUCAUUCUGUCGCGUUUACUACUGUCGCAGCGAGCGAAACGCUGUCGACUUUCUACUCAAAUCUGAGAUAGCUCGAGCAAAAACUCCAGAGCAAAAGCAGAGAUGCAAGAAUGCUUAUAAGAGUUUUGAAAUAAUGGUGAAAUACUGCGAAGACGUCAAAUGUCGGCACAAAACGUUCGCGGAGUACUUCGGCGAGGAAGCGCCCAAGUGCGGCGGCCGCUGCGACGCGUGCGCCGACUCGCGCGGCGUGCGGCGCGCGCUGGAGCAGCACAUGCGGCGAGCGAUGAGCGCCACGCUGCAGCGGGCCGGCUUCGUGUCGCACGACGACUCCUCCGACCUGUACGGCCAGGGCAGGGACGGGCAGAAGAGAGAAAUAGAAUCAUAUUACGGCGACGGUGGCGACGAGUCCGAUGGGGAGAACGAGCGUCGUCGAGUGGCUCAAGAGACGAGGUCGCUUAUCAUGAAGGAGUUCGCUAAUAGAAAGAGGAGUAUCGAGUCGGAGAGACUGAAGGACAACGACUCUCAAUCAGCCAAGUACUCCAAGUGUAAAGCUGCUGACAGUACUGGAACCAAAGUGAAUGGUCUAACAGUAGCAUGCCGCGAGAGCUACUUGUCAUUGCUGACGGAUGCUCUCAACAAUAAUAUGACGAACAUGAAAGGGAUUGAGGAACCGACGCGAGCGUUGAGUAGGAGGGACAUCGAACAGUGCGCGGUCGAGCUUGAAUACGAGGCGUUCUCUAACAGCACAGUCAUCAGUCUAUACAGGCGUGCGUUAACAAAACUGAUAUCUGCCAUAAAAGGGUGCAGUGAAAGUCUCUAUCCGGCGCUUAAAAAUUAUGAACCAAAAAAACACGAAACUCUUGGUGAAUUCGUGAAAGAUUUUGAAAAGAAACGACGCGAAGAAUCUCAGAAAGACCGUAGUUUUGUAACAGCAGCUCAGUUGGAAAGUGGUAAAAUUGAAAUAAAAAACGAAGCAAGGGAAUUAUCAAAAGCAGAUAAAGAAACGAAAAGAAAAGCAAAUUCGUUUAAAAAAGACCCUCUUACCCAAACAAAAUUAAAAACAUUCUUUACUCCAGUUUCAUCACAAGAGGCUUCAGAUGCAUUUUCAAAUUAUUCAGAUGAAAGUGGCGACGAGUGUGGACUUGUAAUUGACGAACAUGUUAAACCAGAUCCUAUGGAAUCAACUCUUAAACUUGAAGAACUCAAUGAUUCACAAGAUAAUGAUUAUGAUGAAACUUUGAAACUAGAAGAAUCAUCUUCUAACGAUGCUGCCUUGAAAAAACAUACUAAAACAUUUGUUAUUAAUAUAACAUUACAAGGUAUACCAUCUACAAACAAAACAAAGGAAAAUAUGAAUGAUAAUUCGAUUAAAUUACAUGAUAAAAACAUGGCAUUACCAAAAACUCCGGCGAAAAGAAAAAUCAAAGAUUUAUUUGGUGAAUCGUCUGAUGAGAGUGACUUCGAGACACAUAAAGAUAAAAGAGUAAAAUCUUGUAAAGAAAAAUCUUUAGAAAUGCAUAAACAGGACCGAGAGUUGCCGGAAGAAAUCCAGUCAUCACAAUCACAGAAAAAUGAAAAGCACAAAGAUAAAAAAAUCCUCAAAGAUGAAAAGACUCACAAAAGUGAAAACAUUCACAAAGACACUAAAUCAUGCAAAGAUGGUAGACCGCACAAUGAAGAAGAUAAAUCUCACAAGGACGAUAAAUAUAAAAAAUACGAUGCAGUACACAAAGACGAAAGAUCACACAAAGAAAAUAAAUAUAAUAAAGGCGAUGGAAUACAAAAAGACGAAAGAUCACACAAAGAUAGGGCAAAAAAGGGCGAUAAAUAUCCCAAAGGCGAAAGAUCACAUAAAGCUGAUAGAUCACAUAAUAGUGAUAGAUCAUCUAAAGACGAAAAAUCAAACAAAGAUAACAGAUCUCCUAAAAAAGUUACAUCCCAUAAAGAUGACAGAUCGUACAAAGAUUACAGAUUACACAAAAAAGAAAAAGCAGAGAGUGAGGAAAAUAUAAACCUACAGAUAUUCAACAAAAAUGAGAAAGUUAAAAAUGAACGAAAAAGAUCAUUAAGUGGAUCUGACUCAGAAAGAGAACUAAUGAUAGAUGAAAAUAAUGCCGUCGAGAGCUCAGGUGACCUUGAUGAAACAUUUUCUGUAAGUAAUACAACUGAUGUUAAAAUUCACGACGACAGCAAUAGUUUAAUAAAAAAUAGUAAAGAUGGAAAGAUCCUCGAUUAUGAUGAUAAUGCGUGUCAUAAUAUACUUAAAAAAUCACGUGACCCGUUAUGUAAAACUUCUAUAAACAAAGAUAAAUUAAGUGAAGAAGCAGAUAAAGUGCUAAAAGAAUUACAACAGUUUUCAGAAAUUAAAUCUUGUCCCGAACCCGACAGACCCAAUAAUCAGACAGACGUAAAUAAUUUAGAAAGUAUAAAGAAUACUAGCAAUAGUAAUCCUAUUUCACCAAAGGUGUCUUCUGUCAAGCAGAGUCCAAAAAAAGAUCUUAGUCCGAAAAUGCUUAAAGAUAAAUUAGCCAAAGAACACUUGAAAGAGAAGGCUGUUAGAGAACAUAAGCAUAGUUCAAAAGCUUCGAAACAUCAUAAACAUGGAAAAGUUAUUAAAAAGGAUAAGAGAGAGAAAGUGGAUGUAGCUGGUUUAGUUGUGAAAUUAUUAAUGCCGUAUUACAAAAAGAAGAGAAUAAGUAACAGAGAUUUAUUCAAAACGACAGCUCGACAUAUCGUCCAUCAACUUUUAGCACUUCAAGUGACAGAGGAAGCCGCUAUUAAUAUCCUACUUAAGAAUUCUUUUAGUAAAAAUAUCACUAUAGAAAGUGAAGAUGAUUUAGACACUAAGUUACAACUAAGCAAUGAUGUUUAAAUGUUAUGUUAUUUAUUAGUAAUUCAGACAUAAUAAUAUGUAAUAUCAAUAUUUAUAUAUUCUUGGAUGUUUUUAUUAAAUUUGUUCUUAUUUU